AUGAAUCUUUUACCUUACGUCCGACAAGCUUACACUUCGUUUGUCAAGAGAAGAAGCAAAGGAUGCUCGGUGCAUCGCAUACCACCGCUCGAAGAAAACUUAAGCGCCGCUAUGGUCGUGCAUAGCAGGAACAACAAUCCUAACUCGGCUUCAGCUGGAGAAGGAAGGUUCAAGCGAUCGGAUCGCUCUUAUGGAUCUAGAAAUUUCCAAGUCGAUCACUCAUUUGUUUCACAUGAAGGAUGCCGCUUUGAUCAAGAAAAACGUCACUCUAAAUCGGGAAGGCAACGACCUCGGUGCACCUACUCGUGGAGAUAUGGGCCAUUGGGUCCAAACAUGUUAUCAAUUACAUGGCUAUCCACUAGACCAUCCCAAGGCAAGAAUGAAUUCAAGCCCAAAUCGGCAUAA